UCGCCGUCAUUCAGUUUGGAAAUCUAUAAAUGCGUGCAUGAAGGGAAAAUUGUGAGAUUUUAAGGAAAAUAUAAUACAAAUUUUUCAAAAUGAGUACAGAAACUGACAAGCAAGAUGCUCAUGCACCUAAAGUUAAUCAAGUUGCCCAGGAAUAUAUCGAUGAGCUAUUAAAAGAAGAAGCUCGGCUGCCUAAAGAUUUUCCAUUAUGUUCGGCUUUGAUACGAGAUGCUAUUGAUCGCAUUUAUCUUACUGGCCGCAUUCCUGGCAAAGAACUCAAAGCGGAUGUCUUUCAACAGAAACCAAUCAAACUUUCUCAAAAUGUCCAUCUACCCAUCAAACAAUAUCCCAAUUUUAACUUUCAAGGUAAAAUAUUGGGUCCCAAAGGUAAUACCCUUAAACGUUUGCACCAUGAAACUAUGUGCAGCAUUGCUAUUCGAGGCCGCAACUCUAUGCGUGAUCAGGAACGUGAAGAAGAAUUGCGUCAAUCCGGCGAUCCAGCUUUCAAUCAUUUGAAUAAGAAUCUUUAUGUUGAACUUUCUACGGUAGCACCACCAGCCGAGGCCUAUGCUCGCAUUGCAUAUGCCUUAACUGAAAUACGUAAAUACAUCAUACCCGAUAAGAACGAUGAGAUUUCUCAGGAACAAUACCGCGAACUGGUGCAAAUGGAUCCGAGCAUGGCCAAGACGGCUGGUUUCGGCAGCAAAGUUGUGCCAAAGAGAUCUGUAUUUCAAAAGCUGGCGGCUUUAGGAGGCAGCGAGGACUAUACAAAUGAGCAAUACGACUCCGAUGAAGAUGAGCCCGCCGCAGCACCACCAACAACAUAUGGCGCUUAUAAGAAAGCUACCUUUGCUGCAGCUAAUCCAGGGAAACGGAAUGAGCCAACGCCAUUUGCAGCAAAGAAUAAAACUUUCCGACCACAGCCCUAUACGCGCAAAGCGGUGUUCAAACCAAAAAAAUAAAUAAGUAAAAAUAAACUGAAUAAAAAAUAUUUUUGCAUAACAAAAUAUUAGUAGUAUGAAUAAGUUUAUAACAUAAUGAAUUCAUAAAUAUAUAUACAUUAAAAAAGAAAAAUGUAAAAUUAAAUUUGCAAACAUGUAAAAGUACGUUUGUUAAAAAUAAAAUUUAAACAGCGUAACAAAAAAUGUAUGUCUAACACAACAUAUAAUUUCUUACCUUACAAAACUUAACAUUAAAAAAAAUAUAUAAAAAGAGAACGAUAACUCCAAAUAUGAAAACAAAUUAAAUUACAUUUAACAAAAUUAAGACUUGAAAUACAAACUAAACAUUAUAAAAAAUAUAAUGAAUAAAUAAUCAUUUACCAAAAAGUCAAUAUACAUACCUAUCUAUGAGAUAUAAAAAUAAUCUAAAGGUAACAUAAAACAGGAAAAGAAACUGCAACUAUUAACAGACAAAUCCAGGCAGAAGGUUGGAACUGGAGGUUUUUCUGAAGUCUGGCUCUACAAGGGCAGGUGAGUGAAUGUUUGUAUCACAAAUAGUUUUAAUGAUUUAAGAAAACAAUUAAUAAAGGAAUGACAAAUUAA